AUGAGAUUUUUGUCGCCACGGACUCUGUCUGCCAUUGGAGUAUGUAACUCUGCAAUUGCUUCGGCAUUUGACCUGCCGGCUCAAGCAGUGUAUGUGGACUUACUCUCGUACUCUGUACUGGGUGCAAAUGGCUCAUUUCGUGAAUCAUCGUUCGACAAUGCAACCUUCUUCAAUCCCACGUUAACAGCACCUCCAUUCUUUCAAGUCUUUCAUGAGGGAUUCUUGGAUAUUUUAGGGCCGUCUUCUAGUAUUCGCGAGAUUGCCUCAAAUGCCUCGUUUGCUUUCGCCCAUGAAGCGCCUAUAUACUUUCCGGAGACGGACGAGAUGUUUUUCGCCAGCAAUGAUGGUGGAAGUCUGGGAAUGAGCGAUUUGUAUCAUAACAACGUGUACGGAAAGAUCAGCCUCUCAGCUGCGGAGGAUGCGCUCGAGGCAAAUCCUGACGGCGGUGUCGUCAAUGUCCCGGUGACGGAGCUUGCUCUACCUGAAGAGAUUCAGAUGACAAACGGAGGAACAGGACCGUAUAAAGGCUCGCUGCUUCUCAUAACGUCGGGGCGGGGUACGCGCGCGCCAUCAAUUGCACUCGUUAACCCACGGGAACCGCACAAUGUCACUGUUCUACUCGAUAACUUCUUUGGGAGACAGUUCAAUUCGUUGAAUGAUAUUAAGGUCCAUCCUUCAAGCGGAAAGUUCUUUUUUACUGAUGUCACAUACGGAUAUCUGUUUGCGUUCCGUCCAGCACCCUUGAUGCCGAAUCAAGUCUAUCGUUUUGACCCGGACACAGGGAAUGUUAGAGUAGUUGCCGAUGGUUUUGUUCGAUGCAACGGAAUAGCUUUCACGGGCGAUGGGCGGACUGCUUACGUUUCUGAUACCGGCGCUAGCGGUGGCAAUCUUCUGGGUGUGAACCAAACCCUUCCGACUACGAUUUAUGCCUUUAAUAUCGAUGAAAAUACCCAAGCAUUCAAGAACAGGCGUGUAUUUGCUUAUGUCGAUGCUGGUGUUCCGGAUGGCAUUCAAGUGGAUGCAAUGGGCAAUGUUUAUACUGGCUGUGGAGACGGAGUGCAAGUAUUCAACGAAGACGGUAUCAUCCUGGGGAAGUUCUUCUUGGGUACUACCUCCGCUAACAUGGCGUUCGCGGGAGAUGGGAGACUUCUCAUAUUGGCGGAUACGAAGAUCAUCUUGGCUCAUAUCGCGGCUAAGGGAGUUUCUCUUGGUGGCCCAUCACAAUGA